CUGACCCGCGCGCGCCGGAAGCCGGCUCCGCGUCCGUCUCCCUGGCCCCGCGGUUGCCCUGACGACCGCGGGCGCCGCGGCGGGGCCGUAGCUGCAGGUGCGGUGCUGCCGGCCGGGCGGCAGCGGCCAGCCGCGAGCAUGAGGAGCUGGUGUCUGUGUCAGAUCUGCACCUGCGGGCGGCAUCAUUGUCCACACGGAACCACAAGGAUUUAUGAAAAUUCUGGCACAUCCUGCCCCACAACUGAAUAUUUGGAAAAAUAUCCUACAUAUGGCAAUGUUCCUCCACCUCAGAGUCUGAAGCCCAAGCAAGAGUUUCGAGCAUGCCGUGGUAAAAUGGAAGGGAUAACGACAUUUAAGUCGGAUUAUCGUCCUUAUGAAAUAGUCAAACAGCCUCGCCAGGUACCAGAAGAAUAUAAACCAAAACAGGGGGAGAUUGAUCUUGGCACUACGUACAAACGGGAUUUCAAUUCUUACAAAGUGCAGCCUGUGGCCAUCGUCCGGCCUUUGGAGAGACAACAAGCUAAACAAGGAGAGUUGGACACUGUCCCAACCUAUAAAGAUGAUUACAGAGCUUGGGGCAUUCAGAAAAUGGACCUUUAUAAACCAGAGCAAACUUAUCAUCCCCCCGCCGUGAAAUUUGGAAAUUCAACUACAUUUCAGGAUGAUUAUGUUCCUCGGGAGAUACAGCCUCGGCAAAGCUUUAAACCCAGCCCUGUGAUCAAACGUUCUACUGUCCCUUUUAAUGGUGACACAAGUCACCGCCUUGACUAUGUACCUUAUCAGCUAGAAUUCAAGUUUUCAAGGCCAAAAGAGGUUUACAAGCCAACCACCCAACCCUUUGAGGAUCUCACAACUCACCGGUAUGACUUUCAGGGCCUUGUUGGCGAAUCUGCAAAACUCUGCAGACCUCCAUACACCAGAGUGACCCAAAAUGCUCAUUUUGAAGGAAGCACCGAAUUCCGCGAAAGCUUUCAACCAUGGGAAAUCCCACCACCUGCAGUCAAGAAAACACCAGAGUAUGUCCCUCCCACAGGCACCAUGCAGUUAAACAGCACAAGCCAUCUUGACUACGUUCCCUAUCAGACCAAACGUGUUGUUCCCAUCAGGCCAGUUUCUCAGAAAAGAAAUGACAACUUUCCUUUUCAAGGAAAAAGCACCACAAAGGAAGAUUUUCCAGCCUGGGAAAGCUGUCGUCAAGGACUUAUUAAGAAGCAGCAGCAGAUUCCCAACCCAUCUGGAAAAUUUGAUGGUUGGACCACUUUCAGGUCUCACUAUGUGCCACAUGAGCUGAAUCCAACACAGAGCUGCAAACCCGUGCACGCUCCCGUGAAGAGUUCUGCUCCAUUCGAUGACACAACCAUGUACUGUCUAGAGUACACACCAAAGAAACGGGAAAUCUGCCCCGCUAGCUUUCCCUCUCCUCCGGGUUAUGUCUUUGAAAAUACAAAUUCUCGAGGUCAUCACUUCUUCCGCAAGAUCACACCCACGGUGGAGGCCUCCUAAUCAUCAAAUCACGUUUGAAAGGAAGCUAACAGGAUAUUGGUUUUCUAAAGGCAAAGCCAAUUUUUUGGUAGUGAAAAUAAUUGAGGGGAGAGGUAAAAGAAAUCAUUUUAAAAUUUUAAACAAGAAAAUUGGAAAAUUACUUAUGGGAAGCGAGGACCUUAAAAUCUAUUUUGCAUUGAUCUCUCACCAAGAUUGUUCUCUACUCUGCUGUUCUGAAAAUUGAAUAACGGGCAUUCCCACCUGAACUAUUUGGAUCCCCAACCUACCGUUUGGUCGCUUGUCUCUGAUCGAUUACCCUUUAUACUUAUGCUUUUAAUUACAACAAUUACAUGGUCACUCACAACCUGGUUAUCAUGUGUCAAGUGCACUGGGACUGUCCAGCACACCUCUGACCACGACACGUGGAUUCCUCAUCCGGGACGACGGUCUUCAUCUCAGACUUCAGGGUGUGGACACCCUGCACCGUGGUUAGCGGUGCCAGGGAUGACUGCACCGCUCCUCACCAUGCUCAAGUUCGUAAGAGGAGCCGCCGUGUGACCAGCAAUGGCUCUGCGCACGGGGAAUCAAGGCUCUGAGUUCGGGUUCCAGUGACAACAGUUUCUAUUUGCGUCACCUUAGGCCAGUGACGGGUGUCUCUGAGCCCCAGUGUCCCCAUGUGUAAAAGGACAUUUGCUCUGCUCAGCUCACAAACAUCGUUUCUAGCAUCAGGGCAGAUGGUUCAGCGAAACCCAAAAGUCAAAGUGCCAACCAAGUGUCAGAGAUUGUUAUGAAGUCCCUCAGUCUCUCUUUUGAACCUGUUUUCUCCUUUUCCAAACGAGGGUCAUUACCUCCUCAACACUCACUUUCUGGCCGGAGGCAAGGAUUGGAAAAUGACCAAAUUUGCUUUGAGCUUAGGAGGAGUAAGCUUUCUGAGUCUUGUCCUCAAUCAAGCGCCUGAGAACCCGUUACAGAGCAUAGAGAGCUUGGACUAGGAGAGUCACGUGGUUUGAAAGACAGUAUUUGUAGGAAGGAAAACACUGUGUGUUCGAGUAGUUUUAGGAAUGACCGAUGGCUCUGAAGAAUCUUCAGGGUAACCCUGGGUCAUGACGUACCUAAUUGCCAUGCCUGGAGUCGUGGUUCAGAAGAAGCAGCAGGCUCGUCUGGGGCAUAAUUAUGUCCUUCUUCUCCAGCGUGAGCUAAGCGCUAAGAAGGGAGGGAAAGAAUGAUGUCAGUGAGUGAAGCAGAAAGAACAUAUUGCAUUUAUAAAUGCUGAAAGUUUCCUAACGAAUUAAACUCCUGUUUUUAUUUUUUCCUUGCUGGAUGAUUGCAUUAGGGGAGAGUAUGAUUUAUCAUGAAGUGUAGUCUUUUGUAGCUUUAGAAUUCUUUCAAACUAUGUGCUUGAGAAUAGGUCCACCAAUGUUUGGUUAAAAUGUUUAUUUGAAAGUAGCUCGUGUGUAUGUACGUUUGUAUUGAUUAGUGAAAAUUAUGACAUGUAGAAUUCUGUAUUUAUGCAACAUUAAUAAAGCAUCAAUAAAAUGCAUUUUCAUGAAGUCAUUUCUGCACA